AUGGCGGCGGCGGGAAGCGGUGCUGAGGAGGCAGCGGCGGGCGGUGAUGGCGGCCCGCCCGUACCGCCGGCGGCGCCGGGCCGCGCCCAGGUCUUCGCCACCGUGGUGGACACCUUCCUGGAGAAGCUGGUGGCAGCCGGGAGCUACCAGAGGUUUGCAAACUGCUACCGCUGCUUCUACAAGCUGCAGCCCGAGAUGACCAGGAGCAUUUACGAUCAGUUUAUAUCCCAGCUGCAGACGUCCAUCAAGGAGGAGAUCCAGGAGGUAAAGGAUGAAGGGAAUCUGGAAGUGCUCUUUAAUUCGCUGGAUAAGAUCGUGGAGGAGGCAAAGAACCAGGAAGAGCCUGCGUGGCGUCCCAGCGGGAUCCCAGAAGAGGACAUUUGCAGCGCGAUGGUGCCGUACCUCCUUAAGCACAGGUCGUACUUGCGGAAAGUCCUCAAGGAGAAGGAGGAAGAGAACAGGAAGGUAGCGGAGUCUGUGCUUGCAGGGAGGGAUGGGAUUGCAGAGCUGCAGCAGCUGAUACAAGCUCGCAAACAUGCCUGGCAGGCAAUUAGUAAAGAGCAACGAGAACUCAUGAGGACGUUCAAGGAGCCGCAGUGAGGCCGCGGGGAGGUCCUGCGUGUG